CCUAGUCUAUUUCGUCUCUCUCCCGUACGCGGCCGGCCGGCGAGCUCCCCCCCCGCUCCCCAUUGCGGCGGCGGCGGCCCAGGACCGGGCUUCUCCUCCCGCUGCCUGCGCCGAUCUCCCGCGAUCAGGGGGCGCCGUCGUCUUUCAUCCUCACCGCCCCCGAUGGAUCUCAAGGAUAGCCUCUCCAAAUUUAAGCAGCAGCAGGAGAGAUGCCAGUCAUCUUUGGCGAGUAUAGCUGCGUCGACCGCAAAACCAAAGCACAGGGCCCAACCGGUUAAUGCUCCAUCUGCUCCAGCAAGGCCACCACAACCUAUUAAAUUUUCAAAUGAUACGGAAAGGCUACAGCACAUCAAUUCAGUUAGGAAAUCUCCUAUUGGAGCACAGAUGAAACUCGUCAUCGAAUUGCUUUACAAGACAAGACAAGCUUUUACUGCAGAGCAAAUAAAUGAGGCAACUUAUGUUGAUAUCCAUGGUAAUAAGGCUGUCUUUGACAGUCUGAAGAACAAUCCUAAAGUACAUUAUGAGUCGGGGCGUUUCUCUUACAAGUCCAAGCAUGAUCUGAAGGGAAAAGAUCAACUACUUGUUCUGGUAAGAAAGUAUCCAGAGGGUCUUGCUGUGGUGGAAGUCAAGGAUGCGUACCCAACUGUAAUUGAAGAUUUGCAGGCUCUGAAGGCAGCUGGUGAAGUUUGGCUGUUAUCAAACAUGGACUCCCAGGAGGACAUUGUGUAUCCUAAUGACCCAAAAGCAAAGAUCAAGGUCGAUGACGACCUCAAGCAGCUGUUCCGGGAGAUGGAGUUACCACGUGACAUGGUGGAUAUUGAGAAGGAGCUCCAGAAGAAUGGCAUCAAGCCCAUGACGAACACUGCUAAACGGCGAGCUGCAGCUCAGAUCAAUGGGGUGCAACCCAAGGCUAAACCUAAGAAGAAGCAACGUGAGAUCACUCGCCGGACUAAGCUCACGAACGCCCAUCUGCCUGAGCUGUUCCAGAAUCUCAAUAAUUGAUUGUGAUACACUUAAUGGUGCCAUCAGGUGGAGAUGUUUAUUUUCAUCGUCGCUCUACCUAUUGCAAUGCUUAAUAUGCCUGCUACCUUUGUGUAUGUUUUUAUUUGCAAUCCCGGCCUCUGGGAGCAUAUUCUGAUACGGCCCAGCUUUGUAAAACAUAACUCAGUUCAAGUGGUUGAGAAGGCAUGGCAUUGACUGUCAAUAAUUUCUUAAAAUUUUUUUGCUCUAGUGCCGUAACGUCAAUGAUUCAAGUGUAGUAUAUUUUUUUCAUCGGAUUAAUUGGUGCAAAUUGUAUCGGAACUCCGAAGGAUGCUGUAAUGCCAUAUGGUAUGCUUACAAUCCAGAACAAGCUACACAACACAUGAUUUCAUCUAA